AUGGCUACGCUUAAUAACACGUGUGUCUUUUGUAAGUGUCGUGUUUGUUCAGGAAUUCGCUCUACCGUUGAUCAAAUUUUUCAAACUCUUCAUAUUUAUGGUUGGAUGCUCGAUGUCUACGUCGUGGAUUUUUUUCAAGACAAUUUGUGGAACAGAUUGCCAGCUGUUUGGAGAAACUUUUUAGAAGAAAUUACUUCAGAAGAAAUAGGGAAAUGGAUUCUGAAAGAGUCGGGAAGUAAACGUGUAUGGCCAUUAUCAUUAUUGGCUCUUCGAACAUUUGUGGAAAGUGCAGAAAUAUGUAGAGAUCAUAGGAAAGAAUGUAUUUUAAAAUGUUCUGUAAAUAACUAUAGCAAUCACAACGAUUUAAUUAAAAAUUUAGUAAAAAAUAAGGAACCAGAAUUGUCAGGAAUAGAUGUUCAGUUUAAUAAUAUAUUUAAGAAACGUAUAAAAAAGAAAAAAAAAUAUGAAAUAGAUGUAAUAUCUCAGAUAACUGCUGAUUGUGCAAAAAUAACAAAUUGCGAGUGCAUUGUUGACAUUGGAGCAGGCAUGUGUCAUUUAUCAAGAAUCUUAGCAUAUAAAUAUAAUUUGAAUGUUAUAUGUGUCGAACAAAAUGAAUUAUUACUUGAAAAUGCUAGAAAAUGGGAUGAGCAAUUGGUCGCAUCAUUAAUAAAAUAUAUACCAGAUUUUUGCGAAAGAAAAUCGACGUACAUUUCACUUCAGGUGGGGAUUUCGAGCGCAGAAAGACGACAAUUAGCAGAUCGGUUGACAAAUAUUUUCAUUAAAGAUUUCAAUAUAACUAAUGAGAAAAAUGGAUUUGGAUUAGUUGGUCUUCAUCCAUGUGGCGACUUAGCUUCGACACUCUUGAGAUUGUAUUCAACUGAUGAAAGAGCUAGAUUUAUUUGUAUAGUUGGAUGUUGUUAUAUGAAACUAUCAUUAAGUGAACGUGAUGAAAAGGGAUAUCCAAUGAGUCAAUAUUUUGCAAUAAAAGAGUAUAAUAACAAAUUGUCUUAUGCCGCAUUAGAAAUAGCAUGUCACGCCUUGGAAAAGCAUUGUGAUAAAUUAAAAACAAAUAGUUAUGAAGACUUGAAAGUUCAUGCAUAUCGUGCUGUAUUAGAAUAUUUACUUAUUGAAAAAAAUCCUAAUUUGCGGCAUACUCAAUUAAAAAACACUAAAGUCAAGGAAGAUACAACGUUUAAACAAUAUUGUGAAAUUGCCACGCAAAAUUUGGAAUUGAAUAAUCGUCCAACUGAUUUAGAUUUUGAAAGAACUGACGUGAAAAAUUAUUUACAGCAAUGGAAAAGAGUUCUUCUAUUUGGCUCCCUUCGUUUAUUACUUGCUCCACUAGUAGAAACAUUAGUCUUAUUUGACAGAUUUUUGUACUUAUCAGAAUCAAAUUUAUCACCAUCAUUAAAAGCACAGUUUGAUGCUCGAUUUUCCCCUCGUAAUCUUCUUCUUAUAUCUAUGAAAUAA